AUUUGUGAACAGCAUUAUGGAGAUUAAAAGAGAAAUACUGGCUGGCAUUUAACGUGCACAGAAGCUGCUGGUUUCAUAUUUCUGCAGUCAGCUGCAGAGGUGGGAACAUCUUUAAAGAUGCCCAUGUUUAUAAAAGGAAAUGCGCAGACUGGACGAUACAUUCAGAGGCAAACUGUCCAUUCAAGCACACUUGGGAGAAGAUUGCUACACCAUAGGUGAAGCAAUGUGGAAAGGCAAAUAAUACUACUGUUCUGUUAUUACAAGUUACUAUAUCUGUUUCUACAGGUUUGUAUUAGUCAUUAGACGAAGCUGUGUACCGUCACAAACCGUAAAUGAUGUCCUUUCACCAACGAUGACGCAAAUGGGCCAGAGAGUAGUUCUGUGCACGUGUGUCCUCCGAUUUUAAGCGGAAGGCGGAGGGCACGGCCGGAGAAGCUAUCGGUUACACUAUUUAUAUGUAGUCCAAUUUUGGAUAUUGAAUCGUAAAUGAAGGAGCAUAUGAGUCCGCCUGGCCAACGUAUGAUCUCGCGCAUAUUGCGUUAUUGGGAAAAUGUAAUUCCGGUAAUGAAAGCAAAGGGGAUUAAGUUAUUGUGGGAGUGAGAAGGGCUUCAUUAGGAGACCUGUCAGCGGUGCUUCUAGAGGUUGUCCGAGACAAUGAGUCCCAGUAUCACAAAGCCUGUUUUAGCGUAUAAGGACAUUCAUAUCCGAGGCCCGCCGAGGUUCCACAAAUAGAGAUCAGGAAUCGUCCUUGGUGAUGGAAAUAAUUAGGCCAACAUUUGUAGAAAAGCGCCACCUCUUUACUUAACUCUUUACGUGCGUAUUAAAUCAUUCCUCGGGUUACGCAGCUUUCACGUUCAUGUUUGUGAAGAUUCUCAGUUUUUUUUACGUUCAUCCCUGUCAUUCACGGUCAGGCAUGCAUUCUCGUUUAUUUCAUUGCUGUUUCAUUAAAGCGGUAUUAUAGGCUUUUCGCUGUUUAUGAAGUAUAUAAUUUUAUUAUAUUCUAGAAUGCAUUUUGUAUUAUGUUGCAUUUUUCCUCAUUAUUUUAACCUUUGAUUAUCUCGUUGCGUUAAAAAAAAACUUAGGCUACCUGUACGGUUUAGACACCACGUAUCUGCUCGGCCGAUUAUUUACAGCGCUUAACACUCAACAUGUUUCGAUGCGCAUUACGCAGAGAGCCAUGAUAUUGUACUGUUCCAUUUGUAUCAUCCAUUAUCAUAUUUGUCUGCACUUUUAAGAACGGAUUUUCAUACGAGAUCUCCUCCGUUCCUUUUCUACUAUUGUCCCAUAGGACUGGCAGAGAAAUCGAUUAACCAUUACUGCACGGCUCUUUAGAGGUGAAAUUGCAUUGCUGAUUAUAGAAGCGAGGACACAAAAGAUUUCAACAUAUCAAGAUUUGACAUCCUGCAGUACUGGAGCUGGUCUAAGGCAGGUGCGAUGCUCACUAUUUCGAUUUCACCAGUCAGAGGACGCAAUGCGGGGAAUAGAGGGAGCCGGUGACGAUUCUGUGUGUGACAUGUAAUUUAUAUCAAAAAUAUUUAGUGAAUGGAAUACAUCAAAGUGCGCUAGAUAACUGGAGCGGAAUUAAUGUAAAUAAAGAUACUUUCUGUACAACCUGCUUCCUUUCAUUCCAUUGACAGCUAACGAGGACGGCUGGUGCAUUCAAUACUGAGAGGGAGUAACUACGAAUUAGCUGACAGUCGCGUAUAGACACAGCAUGGUGACCGAAAUGUUAGUUUAAAAAAUUGAAAAGACAAGACCCAAGCAACCAGUACCCUUUUUAAGAAUAAAAAAAAUCCAUUUUCCCUAAUUCAAAUCUUGCUCUGGGACAGCUCGCGUGGCAGAUUGCUGGCUAAUUAGUUUAGAGGAAGCUUAAUUCAAUUAACUUUCCACAACUCCCGCGCCCCGCCAGUUGGGACUGCCUUUCAAAACGCGGCUCCAGCUACUCUGAUCUAAUUACCGUGUUUGGAGAAGCUGCCGUUUUUCUGCUGGACCAUUUCAGGUUAUACAGCUGGGAAGAGGAGUGGAAAUUCCCCUGAAAUAUAUUAUCUGGCGACGGCGGCUGGCUUUCUUUAAGAAAUAGUUUUGAAUUAAAACUGUCACUCAUCCACCCAUCCACUCAUGCAUAUAUCUAACGACAGCCAAUAAAAAUGGCACAGGUUUCCCAGUCGUUUACAAUGUAGGCUACUAUCACAAACUAUUAUAUGGAGAAUAAACCUGUCGUCUUUAUUAUAGAAAAAUCCCGUUUAUUUUACAGAGGAAUCCCCACACUUAAAUAUAGUUUGAUGCUGCCAUUUAGGCUAUUAUUACGAUUAUGAAAAGUUUAAAUAAAAUAAAAACGAUGUUCACGAUCAUUUUAAUUUGCGUUCUACGCUGUAACUCUAACACUAACAUCUAACCUGUAGGUUGCAUGUUAAAAUUCUUUAAGUUGAUCUGCAGAUGUCUGCCCGGCGUUUGUGUGAAGGCCAGUGUUUGCUUGUAAAGUUAAACUGCUUCCAAAUCGGCGAAAAGAGCAGCGACCUUUACUCGUGCUGAACAGCGCACCGACGGGCGACCUAAUCCCUUCAAAGAGAAAGCACCUCGUUGAGUUUCAGACUUUCAAAUCCACUGCUAACCGAGUGUUUGUCUUGAAAAUGGGUCUUAAUCCUGGUUAAUUCCGUCGCAGAGAAACACUGAAAGGAUAUGGGGGUUUAACUUUGACUUUAAAAUUCAUUGGCGAUUAACUAAAACAUUCACAGCAGUCAUUCUAAUGUAUGAUAUUUGUGUAAAUAAAUUUGGAAACAAAAGUCAUAUAUAUACCGUCACGCCGACAGACUGACAGGUCGAAAUAUGUUAUUAAAGUCUGCAUUUCUGUAGUUAUUGUUACAAAAUAAAAUUGGGAUAAAAUAACAUUUUCGCAUAAUUCAUGAUUGUUUAAAAUGUCAUUAAAUCAUUAAAUAUCAUUACUUAUAACAAAGUUUUGUAUGUCCUAUACGCUAAUCGCGAAAUUGAUAUAUUUGCCAAUUGCACAAGACAGUAUUUGCUGGGGCAUCAGUUUUUGCGAGGCCAUGAGACGGUUUUAAUACGAAAAAAAGGGGCCCUCCCCCAGGAAUAAUAUAAUAUAAUUCUGUUUAGUUUUGUUUUGUUUUCCCCCUCCUUACAUUACGGACAUUAUCCUGACAUUAAUCGUUUCCGAUAGUCGGCCCAUUAAAACUGGGCCCGUCUCGACGACUCCUACUCGGGAUGGAGAUGCCUACGCGCGGGUGACAGAACUAUGACCGAUCGCUGGUGGAUGUAGAUUGCCCUAAUGAAGCGGUGGGCUUCGAGGAGCGAUUGAAGAUGGAUGGGGUUAAGGGAGCAGUGCUGCUGUGAUGGAUAGACAGAAGGGGAGACGGGAGUGGGAACGGAGGACCUGAAAUGGAUGGUACAGCGAUGGGCUGGGCUCAGAAAAAGGAUUGUUGGGGUGCUAAGCUUGUUUCUGUCCUCUCUGUGUUGCAGGUCUGCAAAGUGAACAAGCCGGAGGGUAUAAUUCCGGCGAAAACUGAAGCUCCGUUUAAAGAAACAUAAAAUAAGAAAAUAUUUUUUUACUUUUCAUGACUCUAUGAAAUUACAAGUCAAUUAACUAAACCAAACAUUUAAAUGUUUCAUAAAAUGAACUAAACCGAACAUUUAAUGUUGCAUAAAAUAUAUUGUAGUUUGAACAUUUUACCAGAAGAAAAGAAUAAAUAGGUGAUGUAUUCUGUACAAGACAGACUCCAUCUGAAUAAUAACAAAAAAAUAAUUUUAAUCGUGAUGAAGCACAUUUUGGAAAAACAUACAAAUGCGUGUUUUGUUUAAUGGAAACACAGUCUUACGCCUACAGUAGGUUGAUUCUUAAAAUCGAAAACCAGCUAUAGAGUUUACUGCCCUGGUGAAGCACGACUGAGGCAACUUAGACCACCACGGUAGACGACUUGUAUAAAGCAAAUAAAUGCCCUUCUUUUAAAAACGCAUACAUUCUUUCAUUGUGUGCUAUCCGUGCCCUGAAAUGCCCUCCACGGGACUGUAUAAUGUAACACACAUAGUGUUUAUAUUCGUACAUUGUACUAGAAAGAAUGGGCUGCCGCGUGCGCUGAGGGCUGCUGUCCGAUGCCGAGGUGCUGAAGCAGAUAUCCAUCUUCCUCAGCGAGGCGAAAGACAGAAAGCAGCCUUUCAGAACAGCGAUUAAAAGGAAAUUAGUCAAACCCAGAAAUCAGAAAAUACGUCAUGUGCUUAAUCUAAACAACAAUAUAUUUCUAUAUAACCUAAAAUUCCAAAAACGCGAGUUCACGUGUUUUUAAACAGAAAAUCCAUUAUUCAGUUGAGCUUUUUGUGUUGUCAUGGUAUUGUGAGAUUUUCAUCAGCUAAAUUUCCAAAUAAAAUAGUGCAAAAAUUGGCAUUAAUGCGAGGAUUAGAUAAGAUUACCCCUGCCAUUGCGUGUUUCGUUUUAUUUGUUUACAAUAGCCUAUAUUCUUGGGCGUGCUUUUUAGUUUAUAUUUAAAUUAUAUAGCCUAAAUGUGUUUUAAAGACUUGUUAAAAACACCGUUUAUUUCGCACGGUAUUUUGGUUGCUUUUGUUUGAUUUACGUAUAAAAUGAGGAUCUCUUAAACCAAAAAAUAUUGGUUCUUCGGUUGAAAUUUAUUGUAUAGCGCCUUGAUUUCAAUGUCCAACAUUUUACAAAUACUUUUUCUUCGUAUAGUUCAAAACAGGUAUAUAAAUUAAUCAUUCAAUCUACGAUUCACUUAGAUUAAUUGCACUAAAUACGUUUAUUUACAAAUAUACACUAUUAUUAUUAUUACUAUUAUUGUUUUUGUUGUUAGACUGAUUUGUCGUUCAGUUAUAUAUUCACCAGACAGUGUAAAGUGGUAGGAUUUCACUGGAUUUGGAAAAAUGGCAGACAUUUAGCGAGUAGUAAAAUCUGCCUAUAGCAUAUACCGCCUGCACAUUUAGUGCAAAAUCGUGCAGAAAAAUACCAAGUGAUUAUCGCGCGUGUCUCAACCUGUUGCUCUGUAACAAAUCCUGCUUUACUUCAGUAAGUUUUAAACGGGUGUGCUAUGAUAGAUGCGCUCCAUACGUUUGGCGUGGGGGAGGUGAUGUAUGCAUAAGAUGUAUUUAUUGACGGAUAGAUUUUGAUAGGUUGAGGGGAUUUCUCUUGUUUGCCAGCCUUUCAAUCUUGAAUUACCCAAAUGUACCGUGACAAAACUGCUGGAGGCAGCCAGUGUCUAACCAUGUUACAGUUAAAGAACCCUACAGAUUUGUGACUGGUUCCAAAUCUGCAGAAAAAAAGAGGGAAACGAAGGAAAAUCAAUAGGCCGGGAGAAACACGAGAGAGUCACAUUAAGACAAGACUUCACUCGGUCUGUCCAUAAAACAUCCCCGAGGUUUGACACGUUCUGUUUAGCUGGUGCAAAUCUAAUCACAUACAUAAAGAAAGAUAAGAACAGAUAGAAUGAUCAUUUUCUCUUAUUGUCACUGUGUACGGAGCACUGCUACAAAAUUAUCUGUACCACGUUUUGUUGGUUAAGUUACAGAAACAAAAAAGUAUUAAAGUGUAAAGAAAAUCUCUGCUCUUUUUAACGAUGGCUUUACAAAGACGCAAUUUCAUUAAUAAUUAAUUGUUUAUUUAAUAGCAUUAUAUGCUACAGGUGUCACAUUGUUUAAUUGUGUAAUUGUGGUUCAUAUUACCAAAAUUAAAAAUAUAUUAAGUAUAGGAUGAGCCAGUAACUAAUAAUAAUUAUAGGCUUGUUUUAAAUUAGUAAGCACUGUUAAAUGCAAUCAAAUAAAGGAAUAAUUAAUUUAAUGCAACAGAAUAAAUUUUUGGCCAUCAUUAUCCGUUAUAAUGAGUACAAAAACAAUGUGCAUUUUUCUAUUCUAUAUAUUGUAUUCUUUAUAUUCUAUGUAUGUUUUUCCGUCGAGUUUUGAUCUCUCGUUGUCGAGAAUGGUUUCUGACGGAAAAGCACGCAAGUUAGUAAUUCCUCCAAAAAUUAGCCAAGCUGCUACAUAUAUUUGGGGGAAUUAACAGUAGAAUGUUGUAUUGUAGCGCAUUGGUGUUCAUACGAUUAUACCAGAUAUUUUUUUAAUCUGAGCUCGAAUUCUGUUCCGUUUUAGGUUACUGCUAAAUCAAUAUAUUACGUUAAUUACAGGAUAAUUGUUUUAAUAUGUAAUAUUAAAAUAAAUUGUCCCAUUAUAAAUCUCCUACAAAUCUAAUUUAAAAACGGAGGACGUGGAAAACAGUUAUUCACGCUAUCCAACUUGACACUUGACGGGUCAUUCAUUACUUGUUUCUAGAUUAUUUCUUCUAUCAGUCUCAAUAUUUCCAUCGUCAGUUCUCUAAAAGUAAAAGAAUAUAUAGGCUAUAAAAAACACGGAGGGAAGAUUUAAUGGUGUUUAAAGGAUGACUGAGUCGACUCUCGCUUUUACACAGCAUUAAACUAUUUCUGCCUCAGGGACGAUUAAACGUUCUCCACGCGCGGCAGCAACCAACGAUUUAAACCAAUUUACAGCCUUCCUGCCAUUUAUGAAACGUUGAACUCACAGAGUGAUAUAUAAUGCAGCAUUAAUAUUUAAUGAUUAAUAUUUUUCAGUAUCUUAAAUCAAUAGUUUUGGGAGAAAAGCUUUUUAAAAGUAUCUUCAACAAGUAGCAAAACAUUACAAAAUUAUUUUUAUAACGAAAAUAAAUUUCCUAUUCUGCUUAUUGUCUUGUUCCUUUAAGUCGUUUUUAAUAAACGCAAUCAUUGUAUUUUAAAACCCAAUGCAGAUGUUCGGAAGAAAGGGUUAACUGCGAAUUAGUAAUGCAUGAGAAGUGGGAGGGGGCUGUUCGCUAGCUAUGCCCCCCAAUAGACUAUGAAGAUAUUGUCAUGUAAAGAGACCACCGCCUCGCUAUUGUCUCCAGGACAGCCAAGUUUAUUAUAAACACGCCACUAGCUGCCCAGGCGGAGCAGUGCGCUGUCAAACACAACUCGGGAUAGGGGAGAAGAGCCAGGGACUCAGGCAGACGUGGACACAGAAACGGCGGGACUGCGGGGAGCUUAAAAGCGCACUGUCAGGACUCUGAAUACUAACGAACACAGUGAACUGCCAACUGGACAAUACAGAAAACAAGAGCGCAGUUUUGGACAGUGAAUAGGAGCCGGCAUCAUUUUAUGCCCUGGUUUCAGUUCAUCCGCUUUGGCUGAAGACUUUUCGCCGGCUACCAAGCUAUCGCUGAGCUCGUCUUACUGCUUCUCCAUGUACAAAAUGGAUUAUUCUUACCUAAACACCUACGACUCCUGCAUGGCUGCGAUGGAAGCAUCGGCUUAUGCGGACUUCAACUCGUGCAGUCAAGCCAACACCUUCCAGUACAACCCUAUCCGGACCAGUUUUGGCGCUAACCCUAGCUGCCCUCCACUAAACACGGCCAGCUGCACGUUAGGUGCGCUGCGAGAUCACCAACCCGGUCCCUACUCCACAGUGCCCUACAAGUUCUUUUCGGACCCUUCCGGGCUAAACGAAAAGCGCAAACAGAGGCGCAUCAGGACGACGUUUACGAGCUCACAGCUGAAGGAGCUGGAAAGGGUCUUCGCUGAGACACAUUACCCCGACAUCUACACGCGAGAGGAGCUGGCGCUCAAGAUAGACCUGACUGAAGCCAGGGUGCAGGUUUGGUUCCAGAACAGACGUGCGAAGUUCCGCAAGCAGGAGCGGGCAGCCAACUCAAAAGGGGGCAACGGAGGCGGCGGGGGCACCGGUAGCGCGGCCGCCAAGAAGGGCGAGAAUAGGGCUUCCUCCGAAGACGACGAGUCCAAGGAGUCCACGUGCAGCCCGACGCCUGACAGCACGGCCUCCCUCCCUAGCUCGGGAAACAUGGGCAGCCCGGGCAGCAGCCUCAGCCCCAGCCCCGUCUCCGCAGCGGGGGCCGGCUUCGUCAACACCACCUCCGCCUCUGUGCACCAGGGUAUCAAGACCGCCGGCUGGCCAAGCGUCGGCUCUGGGGGCACCGGGGGCACCCCCAGCGGGCCACAGGGCCCUGACCUGCUGAAAGCCUGGCAGCCCGCGGACAGUAUGGCGGGACCCUUCGCCGGGGUCCUGUCCACUUUCCAUCGGAAGCCCAACGCCCUUAAGACGAACCUCUUCUAGAACCGCCUUUCCGAGCUGGACUCCUAUUAUUUAUUAACCCGAACUCUAACGUGAUUUAGGCGUCGGAUCGCGCAGGCCUGUGUAUGUGUCUUAGGGGUUUGUAAUAGCGAUGUCCCCACACUGCAUCCUCAUUGUGUCAUUUCACCAGAACGUCGCCCGAGAGACCGCGGGGACAGCUUAGACCUUAAAGCAUCAUGAUGUUUUCUCUUAUAUUUUACAGUACGAUAAAUUAAUAAAUCAAUUCGCAAAACCACGACAGAAAGUUCUGCACUUACAGAGACGCUCGGAGGUCUGAUUUCGUUAAUUAAAAUCGGAAAUAAAGCAGGGAAAUCUCAAGGGAGAGAGAAAGGUAUAUUACAAGCCAAGCACAAUUUCCCUCCACUACAAAUCCAUCCACGAAGCCGUUUUAGACUAACAUGAAACAAAAUAUUAAACUGUUAACCCCUUUAAUUUAAAAACAAAGCGUCUACCUACAGCUGAGGCGGCCGGCUGGGAAACACCGUCGACGUCUGCACUUUGCCGCCUAGCCAUGCCGUCGUCUUCCGGAACUUAUGUGGAAACGGUGUCCCUUCUUCUCAUGAAUAAAGUGAUCUGUGCUUCGCAUUGACGGGGGUCCAAAACGUGCGAUUGUUUAAAGCAAUAAUCACAGAGAAAAGUGUACUCGCAGUUUUAGGCGGAUACUACUCGCUUUGCCAAGGGAUGCACGUGACGGCAAGCUUGUUAAAGCGGCGCAGUUUCCCGCCUUUUCGUGCGACCCACAGCACAACUCCGUUUACUUAAGGUUCAUUAAAGCAAGUCAAAUAAAAUACAGCUAAUGAGUUCAUCUUCUGUUUGACCGGACACAAAAUAAAUAUACUAAACAUAACUUAUUGAAAAAAAAGCAAAUACACUGUAACCUUCAGUAGCGGUCAUGGGUGUUUUUAAGAUAAUUAUACAACAUUGUAAUAUUAAAAUGAUUUGUACAUAUAAUAAAUAUUCGAUAAUGAGGUAUUUUGCGGUAACGACGCCGCUUGUGCGAAUAGCAUGCAUUUGACACUCAUUCUGCAAGAGAUGAUCGUUUCCUCCUGUUUCUCCCAGCUCGUAUUCAGCCGCCAUACACCGUCCCCAAACAUCCACCACAUUUACGCUAACAUUAUAUGCAAUGCCGCAAAAGGUAUUUCCUUUUGUCAGCGCUGUUUUUGCUUAAAUUAAUGCAUAUUACAAACAAAUAGAAUAAUUCGAAACCUCUCAAAUGCAUCGCGCCAGUUCAUUUUUAUGAAACAAAAUAAUUCGGUUAAUUUUUAGAAAAUACGGGUUCGGAAGCGCGUGGAGUGACGCUGACGCCACACUUCGCUGUUGUAAGAGCAGUAGUGUAACGCUUGAAACAUCACAUCUGCUGCGCCACAUUUCAGUUUCAAUAAGCUGGAAUAAUUUGAAUACGAGGUUUUUCAGUCUUUAGUGACAAAGAUGGGAGUGUCAGAAAGCAAUAUGUAGGCCUAUGGGCCCGAUGUGCUUUUUAUUGUCAAUACACAUCCAUAUAAACUGCAAAGAGACAAAACGGUUUGUUAAAGCCCUUGUUAACUUGAGCCCAGAUGUAACAGUAAAACAGGUCUUAAUUACUAGUUUAUGCGUUUCUGUUUAUGGUCCCCAUUGGUUCAAGAUUUAACUAGUCAAUUAUUCACCACAUUAAGCUUUCUGUAAAGCAGCUAAUGAUUUUAUAACACCUUUCAUAUUAUAUGAAGGUAUUCACAUGUUCCCCAUCACCAGAUUUAUAUUUCAUCCUCAAUUGUAUGUAUGAUAAAUGUUGCAUUAUAAAAUAUUAAACACGGUUCCCUUU